GUAAAGAGAAUUCGGAGGGGGGUGGUGACUUUGAUGAUGGUGGAAAAUGGUACUGCAGCAGAGAAAAUGGAGACAGCCCGAACCUUUCUUCUGGACAAAGCUCUCUCUCUCUCUUUCUCUCUCUCGCUCUCUUUAUGGGCCCAGCAAUCCUACCACAACUGUCACGUAUUCUUCUACUGUCAGCCAACAACAUUGUUUUUGGCAUAAUUUGGAGAAACGUCAUCUGGGUGUGUUUAGAAAGCUUAUUUUCUGGGGGUUCUUAGUGUUGAAUUGGGGUCUCUCUCGGUGCCUUAAGCUUUGACAUCUGCUGGAGAAUUGGGGAAAAGCUUUGGAUUCUGACUUCGGAACUUGGAGAACGAGAACUUGAGCGUUUCAAGCUUAUAGAGAUGGCUUAAUGUGACCAUUACCAGUGUGUAUUUUGGAUUGAACAAGCCAAAUAGAAUUCACGAAUCACUCGUUCAUUAUGGGGAAGAGGUCCCAAAGACGCCCGUUGCGGUACGAAAAGGAUCGGUCAGGCUGUAUGUGGGGCUUGAUCAGUAUCUUUGAUUUCCGCCAGGGUCGCUCAACUCGAAGGCUGCUUUCAGAUAGGAAGCGACCUGUUUCUGGUGCUGGAUAUUCAAGGAAUAAGUUUGAGGUGUUGACUAAUUUGGAUGAAGAUAAUCAAGGCACUGUUGGUGGUAAAGAGAGGACAACAGUAGUGAAAGCUGAUGCUGAUAAGCGUAGUGUGAAGAAACUCAUAGAAGAGGAGAUGUUCAGUGAGCAGGACCUGAAGAAGGAGAAUUGCAAUGCUGAAGCAGAAUCAAAACCGAGCAAGCCGGGACAUGAAAGCAACAUAAAGACAGGGCACAAAAGAACAAAAAAGACUCGCAAGAAAAGCUGUGAUAUGGACAACCAUGAGUUGGAUGCUGCUAAAAAUGUGGAACCUGAAUGCUCUUGUAAUCAGAAUGCAGAGAAACGAUCGAUAGAAAAUAUUUGUAUAGAUGAAAUAAUGGAAGAUUUCUGCCGCUGGAUCUAUCAAAAGAGUUCAAGUUCUACAAAUCAUGACCAGGAUGAUGAAGUUCAAAUGCAAUCAAAAGAGAAUCAGUGUGAUUUUGACAGAUUGAGAGAUGCAAUCAAGGAGCUCAUAAAUCAGAAGUCUAUUAAUGUGAAGCAUCUCAAAGAAGAUGGGAAACUUCACCACUCCAAAGAAGUCGGUGCACUUGAGAUUUUAAGUUCAGAUGAGGAAUUCUUUCAGAAACUAAUGGAAGAUCCAAACUCGCUUUUAGUGAAAUAUAUUCUAAACUUGCAAGAUGCUCAGAUAGGGAAAGGAAAAGAACUUGAGUCACUUGAGGAACCAAACUUGUCAGAACUGGAGUUUGGUCGCCGUAGACAAUCUGAGGAGCAUGUUAAUCAUAAGCAGCAGCGUAACUUUUUCAGGAGAAAAGUCAAGUCUCAUGAAAGAGUUUCAUCAAAAAAAAUUGGGAAUGAAAAUAUUGAAGCUUCAAAGAGAAUUGUUAUUUUGAAGCCUGGACCAGCAGACUUGCGAAAUUCCAAAACUGAAUGUAGCGUUUUCUCAUCACCAAAGCCUCACUAUAUUGUUGGAAAUAAAGGUUCAACUGAGAGAGUUAGUGGACAAUUUUCUCUUGGUGAAAUUAAAAGAAAAUUGAAAAGUGCCAUAAGGAAGGAAUCAAGUGGAAUCUCUACUAUGGCUGUUUCUACUAAUUUUCCUCAUUGUCAUCAAAGUUUAGGAGGUAGUGAAACAGGGAUUGAUAAAGAAAACGUUGGGAAAAAAUCUCCAAGUAAAGAUCAUUUUUAUAUGGAAAGAAUUGUCAGACCUGCCGUUAGUGCCAAGAAGGGAGACAUGGCCAGGAAACUGAAAGAUUCUGAAAGAAACAUGAAAACUGAAACUGUUGGCUAUCCCAAGCAAAUGGUAUCUAGUAUCUACGUUGAAGCCAAGAAACAUCUAUCUCAGAUGCUGAGCAAUGGGGAUGAAAGUGGAGAUUUUUCUAGCAAACAGGUUCCUAAAAGCCUUGGAAGGAUCCUCUCUCUUCCUGAGUACAACUUGUCUCCAGUUGGCAGUCCUGGAAUGGACUGGGAGGAUAAAUUUGUAACUGCACAGAUGAGGUUUUCUGCCUGUGCCAAGAUUCAGAAGGGCAACUCAAACACAAGGUCUCCCAAAAGAGAAAACAAUGUCAGCCAUCUAGGUCCAGCAACACAAAACUUGGAGAGUCAGUCAUCCAUUUCUGAUUGCCCUGAUAAUAAAGUACAAGCUCAUAACUCAAAACAAAAUAUCUCGGAUGAUUUUUUUCCUGGUAUUGGAGAUGAAGGAACUUUUGUUUCUGCUAGUGAUGAGAUGAGUCCUAAAGGUGCUUCGGAGAAUGGAAAAUCGACUGAAUAUGUAGUGCAGGAAGAGACGAGUGUACUAUGUGCUCAUCCUGAUCCAAGUUGUUCUUCAAGUACCAGAGAUGACCAAAACACUAAGACAUUUGAAAUUUGUGAUGAUAAAGGAUAUUGUGAAAGCUUGAAACAGGAAUCAUAUGAAGAGAAGCAAGUGCCAUCUUCUCCGCUUGUAUCUCCUCUCAUCUCUUUAAUCAAUAAGAAAGUUGAAAACCUAGAAAGUGCUACUGAUAUACCAGAGCGGCCAAGUCCUGUAUCUGUUCUUGAACCACUAUUUCCAGAGGAUGACAUUAGCCCUACAAAGUCCAUCUUCCGAUCUGUCGAGCUGCCACUGCAACCACUACAGAUUCAAUUUGAUGAACAUGAGUCUUCUGUUGCAAGUCCGGUCAACUGCACAAAAACUUGUAUGGAAGACAAGGAGUUUAUAUUUGAAUAUAUAAAAGCAGUGCUGCAAGCCUCUGGCUUGAACUGGGACGAAAUAUGCGUGAAGUGCCUUACAUCAUACCAGAUUCUUGAGCCAUCAUUGUUUGAUAAGGUAGAGUGCUUUCCCAACCAGCUCGGAUAUGACCGGAAGCUCCUCUUUGACUGUACUGAUGAAGUUCUCCACGAGGUUUGUCAAUACCAUUUUGGUUGCUGCCCUUGGGUAUCAUUCAUGAAACCUAGUAUAAGGCCAGUUCCAAACAUAAAAAAAGCUAUUCAUGAGGUAUGGGAAGGAGUGUAUUGGCAUCUCCUUCCUAUGCCACUGCCUCAUACUUUGGACCAAAUUGUCAAAAAAGACAUGGCAAGAAUGGGAACAUGGAUGGAUCUUCAUUUUGAUGUUGACAUUAUUGGUAUUGAAAUGGGUGAAGCAAUUCUCGAAGACUUAAUCAAAGACAUCAUAGUAGGCUGUGUAGAUGACAAUCCAGAAAGCGGGUAUACUGCUGUUCUAACUGAUUCAGAAAAUAGAAGCAGCAGUAACUUGUAAAUGACGGUCAGCUUAUACACAUCCAUGCCAUACAUUGACCCGCAAUUUGCCUAGGUGGUCAGGAAGCAAGUUGUUUCUUUGUUCAUCAGGGAAAGAGAUGACAUUCAUAAAUUUCGGAGGGAACUUUGAACGUCAAUGGGAUGAUUUAACUUGUCUACUGAAUGCCUGUAGAUAUCUUACAAUCUUCAGCGUUAGAUAACUGUCGGUGAUGAGCCCUCAUAGACAAAAAUCAUCAAACUGAGGAUCCUUAAUGGGUAGGGAUCAGAACUUCCAGUUUGCAAGCGUUGUGUGCAAGAAUACAAACAAUGCCUGUUUCUAUGGCAAUUUUCAAGGGAUAAAAAGUAUGAAAUCUGGGUCAGGUCUGCAUCUAAAUCAGUAAUAAUAGAAGUGGUCUUGUAAUAGAUUAGUAUAAUUUGAUGAGUUGACUUAGCCGAGGGUGUGUUCUUUAGUUUGUUUGAUUCAAUUCAUUCUUCUUUGUUUUCACUUAUUUAUUUUCAGGAGUGUUCUGUUUUGCAGCUUUUGCUGCUGUGUUUACUAAGGAAUUGUGAUUUGCGACUAAUAGUGUCGCAUAAAAGGAGAUAAAGGGACUUCAUAUUA